GUGACACAGGAAAGGGAAUGUCUUGCCAUCAUAUUUACACAUAGCAGUGAACCAAUGAGGAGACAUGUUUCUCCUACGCCCUCUCCAAGACCUUGCUUUGACAAAAUUAACUUCCGUUGAACCUGUGCUUUUUUUCACUGUGGUUGUCCUCCAAGUCUUCGGUUGACAGCAGUUGAAACGAUGGCGGCGGCUGUUGGAUUUAGGGCUUCCUAUCACCGGGCUUUGAACCGGGUAGAGCUGAUGUUACCGCCCAAGCUGAGACCGUUCUACAAUCACCCGGCAGGUAUAAAACAUGAUGUGAGAUUGUUUCAAUUGAGUGUCUGUGUCUACUGUAUGUUUGCCCUUUAAUUCAAGAUUUCGAUUUUACCUUUUGCACACACGAUGGAACUUUUUUAGAACUAAACAGGUGCUAUUUUUGGGACUAGCAUCCUAAAUAUGGAACGUUAUCCAACUGGACUUCCUCAUUAGUUCUUUUCCCCCUGGCAACUAUUACCCCUAUUUUUCCUUUUAAAUAUACUUCCUUCAUAAACCAUUUUCUUCACUCAGAUUAGUUAGUGAUGGCAAAUGCACUAUUAUGACCUAUUCUUUUUUUUUUUUUCCUUUGGAGAGAAGGCUUGGUUGAAGGUCAUUUUAUGUUAAGUUGAUAUUAUGUACGUAUAAUAUUUUAAAAUGAACCCUCUUAGCCAUAUAACACAACAUAUUUCUAGCUUUUCCCAAAGAAUAAUCUGAAACAUAAAUUUAGGCUACUUACUCAUUCUAAAUGGCACUAAUGCAGCAUGCAGAUUUAUUGAAAUCCUAUUUUGCUAGACACAAAAGAGUGAACUGUGUUUUAUUGGAAAAUCAUACCAUAGAGUGGUUUUGGAGACACGAUAAUAAUCGAACUGACCAAAGGUGUAUUGCUUUAUAAAUGUUACCAUGACCCUGUGUUUAUUUUUUCCUAAUACAUGCCUUUACUGUCAAGAAUAUAUAUUUUUUACAUUAUUUGAUAUUUUUAAGUUAAGGUGUUUGGUUUGAGGAUAUCUUAGGGGGUUAAGGGGGUAGUGUAAGUGUUAUGAUAGCAUAUUUUGAAAUUUGAUUUAUGUAUCGCUUUACUUCUUCCCAUACACGUAUUGUUGUAAUAUAUGCUUAGUAUGCUGCUAUGCAGUCAUCUGUGAAUUGUUUAUACAUGUGGAUUAAUUGCAUAAUACAUUAUGAUUUACUAUAAGCAUGGUAUCACUACAGCUCACUAGUGGUUAUGAUACCUGGAGUUAUCCUGGAGGUUUAUAAACAUUGCAGUUUUAUUGAAAAAAAAAAAAAAUACUGCAUUGGUUUACAUUGUUGGGUUAAACCUACAGAUCCGGAAACCUAGAUCACUUCUUUAGGAUGAGGUAGUCUGGAUGAUUUUAGUGAUCUUUUAACUGAAUCAAUAUGUGGGCAGUUUUAUUGGCACAUUAGUCUAUCUGCUGCACGGAAAUUAUGCAUUGAUAUCAAACACCACACUUGUGUGGGAAAAGUUUUGUAAUCUAUAAAAGUAAUCCAUAAAAGACAAUGUUACUGAAUUUUAUACAAUUACACAUAAUUCAAUAAUUGUAAUGAAUGUGUAUCCCCAAUACACAAUCACUAUUAUGAUUUAAUUAUAUAUAAUUAUACAAAAUUCAGUAACAUUGGCUUUUAGUGAUUACUUUUAUAUAUUAAAAACUUUUUUUCGUAAUUAAAAAAAAUAAAAAAAAUUUUGACAAGUGAGGCAGUCCCCCUGCAGCCCAGUCAUAUGAUCGCAGGACUUAGAUCAGUUGGAUUGGCUGCAGGGGGCCUGGGUUGUCAGACAAGUCCCCUGAUUGUGAUGGACAGCUAAGGUAAGUAUAAGGUAAGGGAGGGACUGAUCAUUGGGGCGUGCUACGCCAUCUUAAUGUAGUAAAAGCCCUCCUUUUGUAGGACGGCAUAGCAUGCCCUCACGUUGGGAUGUGUUUAAGAAGGGAUUUCAAGACAAGGGAAAUGAGGGAAAAUAGCCUUCAUUCCUGAUAGCACUGUGGACCCAUAAUGUAAGCUUAGCUGCCCAGUACCCACCAUCUUCUUUAAAAUGUUCUGUGAAGAAAUGCCCCUCUUGUGCUGUAAAUUACCAAUUUGUAUUCUUUUGUUUGAUAGUAAUGUUCCCUAUGGCAUUCGGUAGGUAAAACUACCGAAUCAAGACCACCAUGUUGCCCAUUAUACAGACUUUACCUUCCCUGCUGGCUGGAUUACGUUCGACAGAAGUUCUGCACGAAUGGCAUGUCUCGCCGCCAUUUCGGGACUUCCACGUGUUCGCGGCCAUUUUAGCUCCCGAACAGCGGUGUUUGCCGUCGAGUGUCUGGAACUGAAAACGGACACUCAAAUAGGCGAACAUCGCUGAAUCCUCCAGACCUUCGGUAAACCCGGCGUUCGGUAGAAAGACUUACUAACAGAUGGGGAAUCAAGCGAACCAAGGAUGGUAGCUGGAUGGCCGGCCGUUCGGGAGGUUUUUCAUGCGACCUAAGACCGACUGCAGGGCCAGAAUUCAUGGAACUGUUUUCGGCUACUUUGCCCGUGCAGUCGGUCAAAACUUCUAAGUCCCAUAUCUCCCGAACGGAUGAACCGAAUGGACUGAGUUUUUUUUAUAUGUUGGUCCCCCAGAGAAGUCCUUGGGGUACAUCCAAACUUUGGGGAAAUUCUGUUACGUUUUAAUUGUGUUUAAUGGUUAUCUGAGGGGAGGAGAUGUACAGUAUGUAUAUUGUUAGGAUUGGAUGUACAGUUAAUUAUAUGGGAGGCUCCCUUGAAUGGGCAGAAUCCCAUAAAAAGAGCAUGCCUGUCAAUAAAUCCUUAGUUCAUCUUUUGUACCUUUCUUCUGAUUACGUAUGCUGUUUGUGAGUUCGUGUGUUUUACUGCGGGAAUUAUCCAGGGACACUAUUGGAAUUACAUUGGGAUUCGUCUACCAUAACUACCGAACGGAGGGCUAUAUUCACUAGGCUCUGGCGGUUCGGGAGGAAACUACCGAUUGAGGUUUAAAUGCACUUGGUUUCCUUACAACUGGUAGCAGCGGCGAGAUUCGAAUCCCGAACGGACGUUUUAAAGCAAGCAAAGGAAUCAAUGGCUCAGCAGUACCAACAGCUUAAGAGAACCACGCUAAAGGAUUUACUGGAAGCUCGAAGCGUAAUAGCAAGCAACAAAACAAAAGCCACGUUAAUUGCAGAGCUGUUACAAGGCUACAGAACCUGCACUACAGAAAUGGAGCGUGAGGAAGAAACUGAGAUGCAGAAAGACAUCAGGUGGAUGCUCAGUUUAUUGGGACCUAACCCAGCAACAGAGGCGGUUCUGCAGGUCAUGGCACAAGCCAGGCAAUUGCAGAAGGAGCGAGAUGACCGUGACAGACCGCUGCAGGGGGAUUUGCUGCACUCCACGGGAAGUACAAAUGACAUGCCAAAAAAGGUAAAUUAUGCUGCAUUUAAAAGCUUUAAUGACAAUGAGAUGGAGAUUGAUAGUUAUCUGCAGGACUUUGAAAGGCAAUGUGCACUGGAGGGAUUAGACUCCACCAAAUGGGCUGCAGUACUGAGCAGCAAGUUGUCAGGCAGAGCAUCAGAAGCGGCACGAGCAGUACCUGAUGAGGAUAUUCAUAAUUAUGGGAAAAUAAAAGACAUUUUGUUGGCUAGAUAUGCAGUUACCCCUGAGGCAUACAGGAAGAAAUUCAGGGACCUGAGGAAAACCAUACUGAAUUGGCAUUCCGGCUGCACAGGGCAGCCCGAAAUUGGAUGAAGGGCUGCCAAGCAACCACUCUGGAGGAUGCUUUACAACUCCUCCUAUUAGAACAAUUUUUUAACCAUACAGCAGAGGAUAUCAAGGACUGGGUUAAAGACAGGAAGCCUAAAACUGUGGAGGAGGCAGCAAGACUGGCAGAUGAAUAUCAAGAUAACCGGAGGCGAGAACAAGGGAUGAGCCGACCUGCCGUUAAACAGCUGUAUUCCGCCCCAACCACGGCUGCACCACCUAGAGCCCCCCCUGAGUAAUCUGCCACACAACCCAGCAGCAGCACCCCUGCAGUGUGUCACUACUGCAAACAGCCAGGACACUAUAAAAACCAGUGCCCACGUUUAAACCGGGGAAGCUGGGAAAGGCCGCCACCACAGUCACAACCCAGGGCCGCUGCUCAUUGUGUACAGCAGGAGAGUACAUCAUGGUUACCUACCCACGAGGAACAAUGGAGUGUGUUGCACGAAGUCAACCCUGUGCAAGCAGGAGGCGACACCCGGGACCACCAUCGUCAAUGGAUUACGGUAGAUGGGAUGGAGGCCUGCACCUUAAGAGACUCUGGGGCCACGUUAACUGUGGUUCAACCUCACACUGUCAAGGCCCAAACUCACACGGGCCGCACUGUGGCAGUAAGGGUAGCCGGGGGUGCCAUUCACAAACUACCUACGGCUAAAGUCCUUGUGGAUUGGGGCUCGGGAUCUAAACAACUGGAGGUUGGCAUUAUGCAGGAGCUACCAGCCGAAGUACUGUUGGGGAAUGAUGUGGGCUGUUUAACUUCCCAGCUAGCCCGAGACACCGCGUCCGAAGCCUACCCGGUUACCACCCGAGCUCAAGCCAGACUGGAAGCACCGCCGCACUCUGAGGAAACCCAGGUAGGAGUUGAAAUACCCCCUUUACCCGACCCCCCAUUCCCCGUUCUGGGAUACUCCCGAGGGGUUCGAGCAGGAACAAAGGACUGACCCCACUCUAGACGGGUAUAGAAAAGCGGUAGGGAAUAAUAGGGGCGACAACCCACACGAAAGGUUUGAGUGGCACAAGGGACUGUUGUAUAGGGUGACAGAUGGGGCGGGACACGGGACCGCCCAGGUUACUAAGAGGCAGCUAGUAGUACCCCGCAAGUUUCGGGCAGAGUUAUUAAGACUCAGCCAUGAUAUCCCCCUAGCCGGACAUUUAGGGGUUAAGAAAACUAGAGACCGGCUGACCCAAACCUUCUUCUGGCCCAGGGUCACUCAAGACCUCAAAUACUAUUGCAGGACCUGUGACGUUUGCCAGAAAAUAGGGAAACGGGGUGACCACCAAAAAGUGAAGCUUCACCCGUUACCCAUCAUAGAGGAGCCGUUCCACCGGGUAGCAGUGGAUUUAAUAGGACCCCUCAGUCGGCCCAGUCAGUCUGGUAAAAAGUUUAUACUCACCGUAGUGGACUAUGCCACUCGGUACCCCAAAGCCGUGGCCCUCCCCAAUAUAGAGGCCGAAACCGUAGCUGAGGCCCUGGUCAAAAUAUUCUCCCGGGUAGGUUUCCCACAAGAGAUCCUAUCCGACAGAGGGACUCAGUUCACGGCUCUCCUGACGCAAGAGCUGUGGAGUGAAAGCCCUCUUUAGCGCCCCAUAUCACCCUCAGACCAACGGUCUCUGUGAACGUUUUAAUGGCACGCUCAAGCAAAUGCUAAAAACGUUCGCAGAGUCCUGCAGGAACUGGGAGAGGUAUCUUCCCCAUCUUCUGUUUGCCUAUCGUGAGGUGCCCCAGGCAUCCACGGGGUUUUCCCCCUUCGAACUCCUGUUCGGGAGAAAAGUUCGGGGCCCCCUGGAUCUCGUACGGGAGCACUGGGAGGGCAACACGGAUGAUGGGGGGAUCCCUACAGUACAGUACGUACUGGAGUUCCGCGACCGGCUGCGGACUCUCACUGAAUCAGUUCGGGAGAACCUGCAGGCGGCUCAGGACUGCCAAAAGAAGUGCUACGACAGGGGUGCCCGAGACAGAGUCUUAGACUUGGGCCAAAAAGUGCUAGCUUUGAGACCCGCCAAGAAAGAUAAGUUCCAGACGGCUUGGCAGGGACCCUUUAAGGUGGUGGAGCGAAUAAGCGAUACCACCUACAUUGUAAGUAAAUGUUCAGAUGAAAGACUGACCAAAGUCUUCCAUGUAAAUAUGUUAAAGCCCUACUACGAACGAACGGAAGAUGUCGGCGCCAUAUGCGCCCCCUCUUCCGAAGAUAGCGAGGGACUCCCGCUCCCCGAUCUGUUAGACCCCUCACCCUGCAGUAUUGACCAGGUCAGCCUUGGUCAGAACCUACAACCUCUAGAGCGACAGGAAGCGUCCGGCCUGCUCUGGGAAUACCAGGUCAUAUUUUCUGCCAUCCCAGGCUAUACCUCCGCUGUGGUACACCGGGUAGAAACCCAGGGAGAGACGCCACUGCGGCAGCAACCAUACCGUAUUCCCGAGGCCGUGCGUGAGUGCAUGCUGGCAGAAAUUAGCGACAUGCUCAAGUUAGGGGUAAUAGAACCCUCUCAAAGCCCUUGGGCAUCUCCGGUAGUACUAGUACCGAAGCGUGACGGCACCACAUGCUUCUGUGUAGACUAUCGGAGGCUCAACAACCGCACCAUAACGGAUGCAUACCCCAUGCCCAGAAUAGAUGAGUUACUGGACCGUAUGGCUGGAGGUAAUUACUUGACCACUCUGGAUUUGUGCAAAGGAUACUGGCAGAUCCCCUUGGAGUCUACAGCCAUUCCCAAGUCGGCAUUCGUCACUCCCUUUGGGCUUUACCAAUUCAAGGUUAUGCCCUUUGGGAUGAAGAAUGCCCCGGCUACUUUUCAGCGGAUGGCUGACAGACUCCUGGAGGGACUCCAGGACUUCGCAUGUGCGUAUUUAGACAAUAUUGCUGUCUACAGCCACACAUUGGGAGACCACCUAGGCCACGUGUCCAGGGUGCUCGAGAGAAUUCACCACGCAGGGCUUACGUUAAAACCAGACAAAUGUCACGUCGGCAUGGCGGAGGUACAGUACCUCGGCCACAGGGUAGGGUCAGGUAAACAGCGGCCUGAGCCUGCCAAAAUGGAGGCCAUAGCUAAUUGGCCCCAACCUCGGACUAAGACCCAGGUAUUAGCCUUCUUAGGAACAGCCGGUCAUUACCGGAAAUUUGUCCCCGACUAUAGCGCCCUGGCCAAACCCCUCACUGACCUCACCAAAAAGGCCCUUUCCAAACAGGUUACCUGGACCCCAGAGUGCGUGGCAGACUUCCAGAAACUGAAAGCAGCAUUGAGUGAGGCUCCUGUGUUGGUAGCACCCGACUACUCUAAACAAGUUCUUGUCCACACAGAUGCCUCCAUGUUUGGGCUGGGAGCCGUGUUAAGCCAGGUGGGAGACGACGGCAUGGAACACCCGGUGGCCUAUCUCAGCCGUAAACGUUUGCCCCGGGAGGUCAGCUAUGCCACCGUGGAGGAGUGCCUAGGCCUGGUGUGGGCCCUUAAGAAACUCCAACCUUAUUUGUACGGCCGGCCAUUUACUCUGAUGACCGACCACAACCCGUUGGUAUGGUUAAACCGGGUGGCUGGUGACAACCCCAGACUCUUACGGUGGAGCCUAGCCCUUCAACCGUACAACUUCACCAUGCAGUACCGUCCGGGCAAACAAAAUGGUAAUGCAGAUGUUUUGUCCCGCCAAACGGAAUUGGAUGCUUAACCUGGACUGUUUCUUUUUUCCUCUCGGACAUCCCCAAGCCAACCCGUCAGGGUCUUGGCGGGCAUGCCGACCUAUGGACUUAUAGGGGAGCAGUGUGAAGAAAUGCCCCUCUUAUGCUGUAAAUUAACAAUUUGUAUUCUUUUAUUUGAUAGUAAUGUUCCCUAUGGCAUUCGGUAGGUAAAACUACCGAAUCAAGACCACCCUGUUGCCCAUUAUACAGACUUUACCUUCCCUGCUGGCUGGAUUACGUUCGACAGAAGUUCUGCACGAACGGCAUGUCGCGCCGCCAUUUCGGGACUUCCACGUGUUCGCGGCCAUUUUAGCUCCCGAACAGCGGUGUUUGCCGUCGAGUGUCUGGAACUGAAAACGGACACUCAAAUAGGCGAACACCGCUGAAUCCUCCAGACCUUCGGUAAACCCCCUUCCAAACUACCGGACGUUCGGUAGAAAGACAUACUAACAGAUGGGGAAUCAAGCGAACCAAGGAUGGUAGCUGGAUGGCCGGCCGUUCGGGAGGUUUUUCAUGCGACCUAAGACCGACUGCAGGGCCAGAAUUCAUGGAACUGUUUUCGGCUACUUUGACCGUGCAGUCGGUCAAAACUUCUAAGUCCCAUAUCUCCCGAACGGAUGAACCGAAUGGACUGAGUUUUUUUAUAUGUUGGUCCCCCAGAGAAGUCCUUCGGGUACAUCCAAACUUUGGGGAAAUUCUGUUACGUUUUAAUUGUGUUUAAUGGUUAUCUGAGGGGAGGAGAUGUACAGUAUGUAUAUUGUUAGUCUUGGAUGUACAGUUAUUUAUAUGGGAGGCUCCCUUGCAUGGGCAGAAUCCCAUAAAAAGAGCAUGCCUGUCAAUAAAUCCUUAGUUCAUCUUAGUACCCUUCUUCUGGCUACUUAUGCUGUUUGGGAGUUCGUGUGUUUUACUGCGGGAAUUAUCCAGGGACACUAUUGGAAUUACAUUGGGAUUCGUCUACCAUAACUAACGAACGGAGGGUUAUAUUCACUAGGCUCUGGCGGUUCGGGAGGAAACUAUCGAUUUGAGGUUUAAAUGCACUUGGUUUCCUUACAUGUUCAGUACUAUGUAUCUGAGACCCAAGACAGUCAUUCUGUGGCUAACUGAAAAGACAUGAAGUCCCACACUAAAGGCUGGGGCGGGGGCUCUGACUCUAAGUACUUUGAUUCUGUAAUGGUUGUUACUUUUAUUAACUGUCAGCUACUUCUUAGCUCUACAUUACUCCUACAGAUUAAUCAUAUUGUCAGUUGCAGAGGUAAUAAGGAGUCUAUCAAUAACCUCUCCUGUGUACAUUGUGUGCUGAGAGCUAAUAAGUGAAUCGGGAGAAGGUGUCAUGUUGCUACUGCUGCUAUGAAACACUAUUACAGUAGAUGGCUAAAGUUUUCAUAGCAGGAACAAUACUGAAGAUGAGAUCAGAAAAUGGAAAGAUAGACUCACAGAGGGCUAGAGAGUUAGAGCUGGAACAUUAUACAGAGACAUUGUGCUGAGUGGAUCUUAAUAUACAGUAGCUCUGUGUCAUAUAGACUAGUUCCCAUGGUUGUGUAGGAUAGUUCUUGGCAUCUCCUUUUUGUGCCCAGCUCUGUAUUUUUGUUUCUCUGCAUUUUAUUCAGCUGUGUCUGUUGUAUGGUUCUCUGUAGUCUACUCAGCUCCAUGUAUUUCAUGGGUAUCCUUGUGUUGUGCCCAGUUCUUUGUAUUAUAUGGGUAUCUCAGAUCGUGUUCUCUGAGACGUUGAAACUGGUUCUUUAAACUGUAAUUCUGGUCCCGAACUGGCCUGAAUUUGGUCCAGGUUUAAACACCACUAAGUGACUGAAAGCUGGACUAAAUGCUUAAAAUCUGGGCCUAGAUUAAUAAUUUUUUUUUUUAAAUUAAAGGAGAGCUAUAUUGUGCAAAUCGUUAGAUAACCCUUGGUGGGUCAAGGGUUUAUUAUGUGACUGCUCACCAGCACUUGCUAGCUACAUUAAAGGGGGAAAAAAAUAAUAAUAAUAAAAAUAUAUAUAUAUAUUUUUUUAAAUCUAUGCGGGGCCAAAUAAGACAUACUACUGUAAAGGAGAUGUAAAAUCUUCCAUCUCCCUAUGCCAUGUAGGCAUUUCUACUCUUAAUGGCACCAAUAGGCAUUUAAUUUGUUUAUUUUUUUAAACUUGCCAACUGCCAAUUAACCGUUUGGGUUCCCAGGCGGCAAAUAGUACUUAAAAAUCGUUUGCCUGCAUUAAAACUGGUGAACAAUAACUUACAUUGUGCAUGUGCAUGCAGCCAGAUACAUUCAAUUCCUAUUUGGUAAAAAUCUGUGCUUUGUGAAACGUAAGAAUCCUACACUUUGUGAUGCACUGAUUUUAAUCCGUACACAGAAUGUAUCCUGCCAACCGAAUUCUGAGCUGAUUUGGCUACAGUAAAUAUGAGAAUUACCAUUGUGGUCUAAACUCUGUCAUUUUCACUGAAUUUUGUCUGGGUGAUGGUCUUUAGUGAAUAUCCUUACAAAUUUUCUGAGUUUUUAUAUUUUCUUUCAUAAUUUACAAUUACAUCAAAUUUUACUAUUACUGCAUAGCCUCUUCAAUUGAACGCUACAACUUUAAGGCCCAUUUCCCAAACCAUCUCUGCAACAAUAGAGAAAACAAAAAAAAUCAGCGCUAAAUGGCCACAAUACGUGAAGGCUGCACUCCUCAAAAGGGAAUCCCCUAUAAUUCCCUAAUGAUUGGAAGAAUACAAAACAAACAGGACAAUAAGGAUGCGACUAAAAUGUAUAAAAUACAGUAAAUAACAAAACAGUGUAUAAAAUAUGAUAUAAAAAAUAAAUGACGAUCGUCCAAAACUUAUCAAAGUUCGUAAUGAGGACUCCCACGUAAAAUAAGGAAACAUUCUUUAAGGUGUGGAGUAAGGUCAAAUCUUCUUAGUUGUAUGCUUAGGGUUCAAUAGAGCACAUGUGGAGAGAAGAAGAGACAGGACUCCAAUGGUACAGUAUAUAGAUACGUUAAAAAUGAAAAAAUAAAAAUAAAAUAGGUCUUACUCACAAUUUUCAGAGCUGAGGAUCUUACUGUGAAAAUAGGCGAUAUAGGUAGUCAGGUGAAAGAAAAGAAAAGAAACGCGUUUCGCCUCAAGGGCUUCUUCAAGUAGAUAAAAGUAAUUUUAUUACUUUUAUCUACUUGAAGAAGCCCUUGAGGCGAAACGCGUCUAGAUAUUAUUUUAUUACGUUACAAUAAAGAAUUUUUGGCAUAAAACACUUUGCCAUUUUUCUUUUCUUUUCUUUCACCUGACUACCUAUAUCGCCUAUUUUCAGAAGAGGUUUAAAGAAUCCAUAGGUGGGGAUCAUACCACCUAAGCGCUUAUAUUGAGCAGUAUAUACCUGCUCAAAAGAAUGUGAGUAAUAUACAUUUUAUACUUUCUAACCUUUUAUCAAAAUACAGAGAGCACUAUAUAUUUUAUCCUUUUUUUUUCCUGGGUCUGUAAUUUGGACGUCGAACGUGCACUAGAGAAUCGUCAUCUGAAAUCUACUCCAUAUAUCCUUGAGUGGGGAUUAUUCCAUUUCACGCGCUAAAUAUCAGAGCUGGAUCCUCAGCUCUGAAAAUUGUGAGUAAGACCUAUUUUAUUUUUAUUUUUUCAUUUUUAACGUAUCUAUAUACUGUACCAUUGGAGUCCUGUCUCUUCUUCUCUCCACAUGUGCUCUAUUGAACCCUAAGCAUACAACUAAGAAGAUUUGACCUUACUCCACACCUUAAAGAAUUUUUCCUUAUUUUACGUGGGAGUCCUCAUUACGAACUUUGAUAAGUUUUGGACGAUCGUCAUUUAUUUUUUAUAUCAUAUUUUAUACACUGUUUUGUUAUUUACUGUAUUUUAUACAUUUUAGUAUACAUUUUAGGCGCAUCCUUAUUGUCCUGUUUGUUUUGUAUUCUUCCAUCUCUGCAACAAGCCUCUUUAAUUCUACUCUGCUCAGCCCACCAACCCUGGUUCCUGCUAACUAUAUAGCAUGCUCUUCUGUUUGGAAUCACCUUCCCAUCACAUGUUAUCAAUUACUGCAAUGAUAUGUUUAAAGGACCACUAUAGUGCCAGGAAAACAAACUCGUUUUCAUGGCACUAUGUAGUCCUUAGGUCUCCCCCUUCUGCUGGGCUGAAAGGGGUUAAAACCCCUUCAUCCACUUACCUUUCUUACUUACUUACUCUCCUGCCGACAACAGCGCCGAAUGCGCAUGCAUGGCAAGAGCCGCAUGCGCAUUCAAACCGCCCAUAGGGAAACAUUACUCAAUGCUUUCCCAUUGACGUCAGCGUCUUCUCACUGUGAUUUUUCACAGUGAGAAUCGCAGAAAGCAGCCUCUAGAGGCUGGAUUAAUCCUCAGUGUAAACAUAGCAGUUUCUCUGAAACUGCUAUGUUUUCAGCUGCAGGGUUAAAACUAGAGGGACCUGGCACCCAGACCACUUCAUUGAGCUGAAGUUGUCUGGGUGCCUAUAGUGGUACUUUAAUUCUCUCUGCCAUCACCUUCAUUCCUCUGCUACCUCUUGUCUCAUCUCCUAAUUUUAACCUUUAAAUUGUAAGCUCGUGGGCAGGGUCCUCUACCUUUUUGUAUUGGUCUAUUUACACUGUUUCCCAUUUUCCCAAUUGUACAGCGAUACAUAAUAUGUUGGUGCUUUAUAAAUACCAGUCAUAAAGAAAAAUAGUUAAUUUUGUUGACCUUAUAUUUAUUUUUCUUCCAGGACCCAAAACAGUAUUUUUCUGGGCACCUAUAAUGAAAUGGGUAAGCUGAGUGUUUUUGAUAUGUUGUAUUGUUUUUCAUCAUUUGUAUAUUUUCAAAUGUGUACAUCUCACUGCUUUUGAAUUUCACAGGGCACACCAUACUUGGCAGGUAGUAAACAACAAAUGGUAAAAAUAUAUUUAUGCCAAUGUCCAGUGUAACGUAGCUUCCUGUACCCCGGUUGGGUACCUCCGCCGACAGAUGCUCCUAGUGCUCACAGAGGACUCCACCAGACACCAUCAGCACAGCAGUCCCCACAUCCAGCGUUACAGCUUGUCUGGGCCGUCCUCUACCCACCUUGGACCUACGACAAGGCUCCAGGUUCCAGUGGGUGAACCUCUCCUCCAAGAGAAAGUAGCAGUAAUAAGCUCUUAAAAGAGCUUAGUGAUUAUAAUCCCUUGGGAGUAUAGUGAUAUAGCAAUCCCCAGGGUAGAUGCAGCCUUUCCCCCACACAUGAGACGAGACUCUAUGUUGAGGUUAAAACAGGAACACGGCUUUAAUGGGGCGCAUUGGCCUUUUAUAUAGGUUUCCUAACAAGGUUGAUGCCCAGGUGGACCUUGUUGGGCACAGGACAAAGGACACAAAGUAUACAAGCCAAUCAAAACAAUGUAACAAUGAACGACACUCCCACAUACAGUAAACAAUCCCUCCCCUCUGCCUGUGAUAUAAUUAAGGCAGAUAAUGCAUUAACUUAAUUAUCCACAGGAAGAAAAAAAACACACAUUUUACAAAGUCCAAUAAGUACCCCACAACACAACUUCUGAUAGCCCCAGUCUGGGUGAACAACAUAUCCAGAAAUUACCCAGAUUGAUUAAGGGGUUCAGGAAUUUCCUGGAAGUCUUAUUUUUGCCCCACCGUGCACAUGGUCCCAUGCCCAAAACAGUUCCAUACACUCAAUGACAAAACACUGCUGGACAAUUUAAGAUGGCCGCCGCCACAUGUUUGAAUCUGUUGCAGUUAAAAGUCCAAGGGGCAGAAACAGUACUUUUGAACAUGGGUUAUCACAGGGCCUAUAAUCCCAGGGUAGGAGGCCUCUCCAAAAACCAGUGACGAAGUUGCUUUUGCCAUAUCCAGUAUGAGCAGAUUCAAAACAAUGGGGGGUUAAGGAGCGCGCUUGUAGGUUCGCCUGGCGCUGGAUAUCAGGUAAGUUUUUAAAACCUUCAUUUUUUUUUUUUUUUUUAAACCUUUUAACUUUGUUUUCUAAUAACAUAAUUAAUUGGUCAUUUCAGGGGUUGGUGAUUGCAGGGUUAGCUGACAUGACAAGACCAGCAGAAAAACUGAGUACAGCUCAGUCUGCAGUACUAAUGGCCACUGGUAAGUUCUGUGUUUUGCAUUUUGAAAUAACAGUCCAUGUACAGUUAGAAAAAUAAAUGCAAUAAUAUAAUCCUUCAUAAUAAUGUACAAUAUAGUAGUGUUCCAUACAUGCAAAAGCCUAUAUUGUAAAUACUGAUUAUUGUUGUUAUGAUUUGUGAUUUUAAAAAAAUGUAUAUACCCUGAUCAUCCACAACAUUAAAACCACUUGCAUAAUAUCAUCUAGGCCUCCAUUGUGCCGCCAAAACCUUUCUGAUGUGUCAAGGCCUAUGAACGUGUCUUGUGGUAUCUGGCAGCAAGACAUUUAAUUUGAUAUUUAUUAUCUCCUGCUAUGUCAAUAGCCUUUUAAACCCUACAUGAGCCUCCUGUGUGUCAUAACCGUUUAAUUUACAGAGCAGGAGAAAAAAAAACUUAAGUUAAAGGUACACUAUAGUCGCCUGAACAACAGCUUAAUCUACUUGUUUUGGUGUGUAUAGUAUAUCCCUGCCAGCCUUUUAAUGUAAACAUUGCCAUUUCAGAGAAAAGCUGUAAUUCUCAAUGUCUGCUGCCAAAAUCCUGAAACCACUUUACAUCAAUCUUACCUGAAUAACAGCUUGUUGUGUUAAGUUUCCCCUGCUGAAGAUGUUAUUUACAUGGAAAAGUUGGUCUUACGGCAUAAUUUAUGAAUAAAUCACACCAUCUAACCUUGUGAAUCUUUAUUUUAACCCUGUCUUCAGUCAGCAUGGGUUAUAAUUGGAUUAGCCAACUCAAUAUGUUCUGAGUACAUUUCCAUUCAUGGUCCAUUAUAUGCAAUUGGAUACAUUUCUUAAGUAACAUUUGUCAUGUAUACACUUCUUAGUAACUCAACAUAACUUCUUCCCCCUUUUGACUCUAUUUUACUUAUUGCAGGGCUUAUAUGGUCACGUUACUCACUUGUGAUCAUCCCUAAAAACUGGUCUCUAUUCGCAGUGAACUUUUUUGUUGGUUGUGCAGGGGGCUCACAGCUACUUAGAAUAUGGAGGUAUGUAUGACUAAUAGUGUGUGUAUAUGUGUGUAACACGUGUAUGUAUAUAAAUAAAGCAUACCCUCUUUAAAUUGUGUGUUUUUACAUAUCAGGGCAUAAUAUCAAUCAUCUGUUCCUCAGCAGGUCUUAAAAUUAGAUGAGCAACAACACAUGAAAUAUUAUACCAUGGCAUAAUUUAUUUAACAGAAAUAAAGCCAAAAUGGAGAAGCCAUAUAGGAAAAAUAGUACUAAAAUAACCACCUUUAGCGGCAAUAACUUGAAGUAAUCGUUUUCUUUACGAUUUUAUUAGUCUCUCACAUCUUUGCGGAUGAAUUUUGACCCACCCUUAUUUACAAAGUUGCUUUAGUUCAUUAACUCCUUAAGGACCGAACUUCUAGAAUAAAAGGGAAUCAUGGCAUGUCCGACAUGUCAUGUGUCCUUAAUGGCUUAAGGUUUGUCGGCAUUUGUUAAUGCAUAGCUCUCUUAAGGUCCCGCCACAGCAUUUCAGUCAGGCUGAGGUCUGGACUUUGGGCCAUUGAAAUAACUUGAUUAUUUUAUUUCUCCGUCAUUCUGUUGUAGAUUUGUUGUUGUGCUUUGGGAUCAUUGUCCCGUUGCAUGACCAAAUUUCACUUUUUUUGAAAAUGACAACCCCUUGUUCCCUCACCCAAGUAAAUGCUGUUGAGGUAACAAAACAAAACAAAAAAACAUAACUUACCUCUUCGGCACUAUUAUUUCAGCAUGCCAUUAUUCCACAUGGUGCUUUGUGUGUGUUUUGCAUGCUUCUAUAGUAAAGAAAAGAUACACAAACAUGGUCUUGGACAUUCCUUAGUGCUGUGCGAAUUUGUGGCACUGUAGAACUCACUUUAAUUAAUAUUACAUGCUAGACAUGCCAUAUUAAUAGAAAAAAUACAAAAAAAGUUAUCUUACCCCAACUAAUAAACUCGGUAAGGCAUACUUAUCUUGCAUCUUCACAUAAGGAAACACUCCAACAAUAUAAACAAAUAUUUGGUAUUAACAUUGGGGAGUGCCCUCCAAAAUAAAAAAAUUAUUACUUUUUAUCUUUUUUUUCUCUAGCCGUGAAUCCGCUGAGAGACUAUCACUGACAACAAUUUAUACUCCUCUUCGCCUGAAAAUGGCACAUGCACAGCAGUUGGUGCAAAUUGUGCCAUUAAAAUGCAGCAAUCGCUAAAUUGAAUGUGUACCUAAGGGAAGCAUUAGACUUCUGUAUCACUGUGAAAACUUUCACUUGCACUUGAACAAUCAUUUAGGAGAAGUGAGGCCAGAAGCCCUCCUGCCUGUCCGCUUGACGGCUAGGUGGCUGUUCUUGCAUCAAUUCAUAAAAGUGCAGUUUUGUCUUGAAAUAGGCACUUUUAGGACUAUGUACAAAGGGGCAUCAUAAUCACUCCUAAAGCACUUUAGCAAAACUGGAGUGCUUCAGGAUUGUGGAGCGUCUCUAUUAUUUAGCUAUUGUAAAAUCUCCAGUUCCUAAUGUUGCAGAGAAGAAGUUGAUUUGUCUGCUAAACUAUAACAAUAAUAAACAUUUAAAAAAAAAAAAAAAAAUUGCCACUUUUUAAUUUUAAUGAAUACUUAAGAGACGCAUAUACAGAAUACAUGACCAAUUACACUAGCAGAACAAAUCAAGGCAAGGGAAAUAUAAGUUUAAAAUGUAUUACCCUUUUGUAACUUUUAAAUUAUGUCUAAACUUUCUUUUUUUUUUUUUUUUCUCCUCCCAGGUACAAUCAAGAGCUAAAGGCAAAUGGAAUUGUGCAACAGACCUCUGAACCUUAGCCAAUUUUAUUUAUUAAUAUUUAACCCUUACUGACCAGUAGUCUUUCAUUCUUCAAUGUCCAAAUGUGACAUGGUACGCUAAAUGAGGAGGAAUAGGUCCUUUUUAAGGUCCGAAUAAACAGCAUGACAUGUAAAUGGUUUUUAAGGUGUUAAAGUAUUAUAUAAGAAGUCGUAGCUAGAUCAUUUUACUUUUUAUCAAUGUAUAAUGCAAUAGUUUGCUUCCUACACUAAUAAAAUUAUAUAAAUAUUUCUAUGCUUAAGAUGGUCAAAUAAUUUCUACAAUUAUUUUAUUGAAACAUUUGUAAUUAAAUCAAUAAAUGUUAACCAGCAACUUGUACAAUUAUUUUGUGUUUUGCACCUUCCCAUGAGUAAUUAUAUAGGCAAACAUGUCUUCUUUGAAAUACCAGAAAUCUCACUGUACAUUUUCCCUGCAAUAAUAUUUUUUGGUCUUUUAAUUAAAAAUGUAUACUUUUGUUUAAAA